AUGGCACCCUUAGAGCUUCAGUUUCCUAGGAAUCGAGAGUUUGCCGGCGGGGACUUACUGGCACAAUCCCUCAAAUCACUUGGAGUAGACGUGGCGUUUGGCAUUCAUGGGGGCCAUCUCGAUUCUUUCUUCAUGGGAUGUUUCGACAGCGGGAUUCGACUUGUUGACACUCGCCAUGAAACCGUAGCCGUGCAGGCUGCAGAAGGCUACUCCAAGGUCAAGGGGACUGUUGGAGUGGCCUUCGUCACGGCAAACAGCGGCUUCUGCAACGGCCUUCCGGGACUAGCCUCGGCGCUAGCAGACCGCAACCCUAUUCUCGUCAUUACUUCUUCAGCUCCUAUGGUUGACACGGAGACAAAUGCGAUCCAGGGAUACAUCGAUCAGGUGGAUGUCGCGAGACGCAUGACCAAAUACGCCCAUAGGGUUCCUCAACCGGAAGAAAUCCCUCGAUUUGUCGCUCACGCGUAUCGCACCGCUCUCUCAGGGGCACCCGGUCCUGUGUUGCUGGACUUCCCCUGCGACGUUCUUUUCAAGCCGGUGCAUCAAUGUCGCAUACAAUGGGGAGCCAUCGGGACCCCGAUGCCCUAUCGUCCAGGGCCAGCCAAGGCGGCCAUCAGAGAAGCCGUAGACUUGUGGGAGCAGGCAAUCAGGCCAGCGGUUAUCAUUGGCUCUGGAGGCCGAAACCCAGAGGCACAUGAGCAAUUAUCUAAACUUAUUGCGGCCACCGGAACUCCCGUCUUCCACGGCGCAAAAUACAGAGGGUUUAACUUAGUGGAUUCCCGCUUCGACGCUGGUGCAGCAAGAGGCCUUGGAGCUCUCGCUGCUACUGGAAAACCCCGGCCAGACUUGAUAAUCCUGCUCGCCUGCAGAACUGGGAUGUACCUGGGCGGCCGCCAGGGUAGCGUGCUUCCCAAGGAGGGUUGCAAGUAUAUCCAGGUGGAUAUUGACGGAGGAGAGAUCGGCAGAACACAGCCAAUUGACUGUGGCAUUGUAUCUGACCUCGCCCUGGCCUUAGAGGCUCUAAACGAAGAGAUUGAAAAGAGGCCAGCUUUCAAGGCGCCGAAUGACUGGCUUGAGCUUGCCGUCAGCGUGCAGCACCGCACACCUCCCAUGGAAUCGGACCCAGUGGAAAUCACCCCAGGACGGAUGAACGUGUACCAGGGCGUCAAAAAGGUUCUGUCGUCUUUGGAACCGGGGGCAAUCAUCUGUCUCGAUGGUGGAGAGUCGGCACUCUGGGGAGCUGAUCUUGCGCACCAUGCAAGGCCUUAUUUAGUCCUCGGAGCUUUAGGCUACCUUGUGCUAUUGGGCAACGGUUUCGGAUACUCGCUGGGUGCCGCGAUAGCUGACCCAUCCCGCCAAGUGGUCAACAUUCAAGGCGAUGGAUCUGCGGGUUUCCAUAUAUCUGAGAUGGAUACAUACUCCCGCCAUGGGCUAAAUAUCCUGACUGUUGUAGUUAACAACUAUGUCUGGGCCAUGUCCAUCCAUGGCCAGGAGCUCUUUUAUGGCGAUGACCAUCCCGCUCGGUGCGUCAGUCAGGAGCUCUUUUAUGGCGAUGACCAUCCCGCUCGGUGCGUCAGUCGGCUAAGCCCGGAGGCACAGUAUGAUCAGGUGGCAUCGGGCUGGGGUGCUACCGCGGUAAAGGUGACAACGCUGGAGGAGAUUGAACCAGCGGUCAGGAGUCUUUCGGCUGCCGAUGGUCCCGCAUGCCUCAACCUUGUUGUUGACGACAAGCCUGUCCACCCAGUGACGAAACUCUACAUGAACUCCGAUCCAGACCCGAUGACUAUCAACGUACCUUACUACAGCAAGAUCCCACGACCUUUCUACAAGGUUUAG